GAUCCCGGUGAAAGCUCAGUGUAACCGACAGUUUAAUUUGAUUGAUUUUUUUUCAUUAUUGAUACAGUCUGCUAUUGUGAAAACAUACAAAAAAGCUCAUACCUUGACGUGUUGUCGAAAUUAAACCCAGGUGCAGGAGUUUCGAAGACAUUUGAUAGCGCCAUACUGGGUCUGACUGCGACUUCUCUGCGCGUCUCAAUGCGCCUGAGCGUCGCCUCUCCUUCUUCUCUUUCGGUUUUGGAGUGAAAAUGGAGAAACGCUGCACGGACUCACAAGUCAAAGGAGUCAGCACAGGGACCACCAUCCUGGCUGCUACUUUUGAUGGAGGGGUCGUGAUUGGGUCAGAUUCCAGGGCUUCCAUUGGAGGGGAAUAUGUAUCAUCGAAGACAAUCAACAAGGUGAUUCAGGUUCAUGACCGGAUCUUCAGCUGCAUUGCUGGCUCACUCGCAGAUGCUCAGGCCGUCACCAAGGCUGCAAAGUUCCACCUGUCCUUCCACAGUGUCCAGAUGGAGACCCCUCCGCUGGUGAUAGCAGCAGCCUCGGUGCUAAAAGAACUGUGUUACAAAAACAAAGACGAGCUGCAGGCCGGCUUCAUCACAGCAGGUUGGGACAGGAAGAAUGGACCACAGGUGUACGUCGUGUCUCUAGGCGGGAUGUUAAUCAGUCAGCCAGUGACCAUCGGUGGCUCAGGCAGCACUUACAUCUACGGCUAUGUUGACGCCAAAUACAAACCCAACAUGAGCAAAGAGGAAUGCCUACAGUUUGCAACUAAUGCUCUUGCUCUGGCCAUGGGCAGAGACAACGUCAGCGGGGGCGUGGCUCACCUGGUGGUGGUCACGGAGAGCGGGGUGGAGCAUGUGGUUGUUCCUGGUGACAAGCUGCCUAAGUUCCAUGAUGAAUAAAAUAAAAUUUGGAUUUAAAAAAAAAAGUAAUUCUUUGAAAUCCUUGAAGUACAAUUUAAUCACUAAUUUGCUUUGUAUAGGACUGGGGUGUUACAGAAUAUACAAACGCACGCCUAAAGGACAAGUCAGACACAUGAAAGAUGAGUUAGUUGCCUGCUAAUGGGAAACUUGUGAAUGUGGAAAUAGUUGUGUAAAAACUUUUGCAUCUUAGAUGCAGACUAGGUUAUACAAAAUCUAUACCAAACUACAAAACUACUAUUACAGCUUUUAAUAGAUAAAUAUUUCCAUUAUAAGAUUCGCUCUGCUUUGUUCUGGGUCCAAAUGACGUUUUGUGUGUUUUUUUUAAAUGUUUUUUUGAAACGGCAAAAUAUGUGAAAUAAAAAUUUAAAAUUCUAAAACCUCA